UGAGAGGUUGUACUACUCAUCUUCUGGGGGCAGAUGACGGAAUCACAGAGAAUCAAAUCCAGUAGUGAGGUUGGAAAAUCGACAUCAUAGCCAAUUUGUUGGGAUUUGCACCCAAGAAUUCACAGAGCUCUAGGUUUUCGGAAUUUAAAAGCUUUGUUUUCGAUAAAAUCUCAUUAGCUUGGUUUUCUCUGCUGAAGUUGUGCUCAAUUAGCUUAACAUUAUCCUUCAUAUUGCACGUGCGUGAUUCUAGCUUCUGGUCCUUGGUUAUUGGUUAACAGUCCGCCUGAACUCUUUAGGGUUAGAUGAAGUGCUUCUCCGAAGAGUGAAGGAGGCUCUGUCAGGGUCUAAUGGCUUCCCCUUGUAUUGAAUAUAACUGAGGUAUUCAAUUAAUAUGGUUUGGGGAGGAGGAUUCAUGUUCUGGAAGGCCGUUUUACUUGUAUUCGGAUUGUAUGGAUUUUGUUCCGCAACCCUGUCUCCUUCUGGCAUAAACUAUGAAGUGGUAGCUCUGGUGGCUAUAAAGAAGGAACUGGAUGACCCAUAUAAUGUCUUGGAAAAUUGGGAUAUCAAUUCUGUUGAUCCUUGUAGUUGGAGGAUGGUUACUUGCUCUUUAGAUGGGUUUGUUUCUUCAAUAGGACUGCCUAGCCAGAGCUUAUCUGGAAUCUUAUCACCUGGAAUUGGAAAUCUUACCAAGUUGCAGUCUGUAUUGCUUCAAAAUAAUGCUAUUUUUGGUUCUAUUCCUGCUGGAAUUGGACGGCUACAGAAGCUUCAGACACUUGAUCUUUCUGGAAAUCAUUUCACUGGAGAAAUACCUCCUUCUGUAGGCAAUCUUUGGAGCCUAAAUUAUUUGCGACUAAACAACAACAAUCUUACUGGACAAAUUCCGGGAUCAUUGUCUGAGGUCCAAGGCCUUGCUCUUGUGGACUUGUCUUUCAAUAAUCUUAGUGGUCCUUUGCCAAGGAUAUCAACAAGAAUAUUCAAGAUAAUAGGCAACCCUUUGAUCUGUGGUCAAACUUCAGAUAGCAAUUGUUCAGCCAUCUAUCCAGAGCCGUUCUUCUUUGCACAGGGUCAGUCAGAAUCAGGGGUAAAAAAGCGCAAUUUGGCUGUUGCUCUUGCUGCUAGUAUUGGCUCUACUAUUUGUAUUAUGAUAAUCAUUGCGUCCCUUGUCUGGUGGAAACGCAGGCGAAAGCAGCAGGUCUUCUUUGAUGUUAAUGCUGAACAAUAUGAACCAGAGGUACGCUUGGGCCAUUUGAAGAGGUAUACCUUUAAGGAACUCCGGGCUGCAACCAAUCAUUUCAGUGCCAAGAAUAUUUUAGGGAGAGGUGGAUUUGGAGUUGUAUAUAAGGCGCGCCUGAGUGAUGGUAGCCUUGUGGCUGUAAAAAGGCUGAAUGAUUAUAAUGCCGCCAGUGGGGACAUACAGUUUCAGACUGAAGUAGAAACGAUUAGUUUGGCUGUUCAUAGGAAUCUCCUUCGACUUUGGGGUUUCUGCACAUCUGAAAAUGAGAGGCUACUUGUCUAUCCAUAUAUGCCCAACGGGAGUGUAGCUUCCAGGUUAAGAGAUAAUGAUCAUGGUAAACCAGUUUUGGACUGGUCUAGGCGAAAAAGGAUAGCCUUGGGAACAGCAAGAGGUUUGGUAUAUUUGCAUGAGCAAUGUGACCCCAAAAUCAUUCACCGCGAUGUUAAAGCAGCCAACAUUUUGUUGGAUGAAGAUUUGGAGGCAGUUGUUGGUGAUUUUGGUCUUGCCAAGCUCUUGGAUCACCAUGAUUCUCAUGUGACCACUGCCGUCCGUGGCACAGUUGGGCAUAUUGCUCCCGAGUAUUUAUCAACGGGCCAGUCAUCAGAAAAGACCGAUGUUUUUGGAUAUGGAAUCUUGCUUCUCGAGCUAAUUACUGGUCAAAUGGCUGUGGACUUUGGCCGGGCAGCAAACCAGAAAGGCAUAUUGCUUGAUUAUGUUAAAAAUGUUCUUCAAGAGGGGAAGUUGCAUCUUAUUGUGGACAAAGAUUUAAAAGGUGUUCUCGAUGAAACAGAACUAGAAGAAAUGGUCAAAGUGGCCCUUAUAUGCACACAAUUCAAUCAUUCACAACGCCCAUUGAUGUCUGAAGUGCUGAGGAUGUUGGAAGGUGAUGGCUUAGCCGAGAAAUGGGAAGGAUCAAGGAAUAUGGAGACACCAAAAUGUCUACGGCCCUUGAACUACUCUCCACUUCCUCAAAAGUAUUCAGACUUGAUGGAAGAAUCAUCCUUUUGCAUGGAAGCAAUAGAGCUAUCGGGACCUCGCUGACUACUGUCACCUCUUUGACACAUAAAUAAGCAUCUUACCACUUUCUAUGGAAGAACAGUGGCUUGUUUGUUGAUAGCUAUUGGAUUUCGAUGUAUGUGACUGUGUUCAACUGUUUAUAUGUAAAGAGAAAAAGGAAAAGCUUUAUGUAUAAAUCUCUUUUGCUUGUAUGCAUGUUGAGAAUGAUUGUUUGUCAGACAGAAAUUUGUGAAAUUAUUACUAUUUUUACGCUUGGUAUGUUCAUUUCAA